AAGAAACUCUACGAUGCUGCAACAAAGGGGGAUUUAGCAACACUCCAGCAACUGCUGCGACAAGAUCCACACCUUCUCGAUGCAGUCUCAUUUCCAUAUUCAAGAAAUCUAUUACACAUAGCAGUCACGCACGGACAAGUACGCAUCGCGGAAGAGGUGUUGAAGAUGAAUCCGCGGCUAGCUCGGAUCCUAGACUCCCAGAAACUGUCGCCUCUUCACAUCGCCGUAGAAGAAGGGAGGCUCGAAAUGGUGAAGAGACUGUUAGUGGUAGCCCCAGAGACGUGCUGGUGGCGAGACGGCCACGAUAUGAACCCGGUUCACGUUGCGGCCAUGGAUGGGAAUGUGGAGAUCUUGGAGGAGCUGCUGCAGCAAGAUCUGUUUCCAGCAAUGGAGAGGCUGCGGCGCGGGCAGACUGUGCUGCAUCUGUGUGUGAAGCAUCGGCAGCUGAGGGCGUUGAAGGUGUUGGUGCAGAAGUUGGGGGAGCUUGUGUGUGCAAGGGAUGAUGAUGGAGAGACACUGCUGCAUUUGGCUGUUAGGUGCAAUCAGCUUGAGAUGGUAAAAUACUUGGUGCAAAUCACUAAAUUAGACAAGGAAGCCACGAAUUCAAUGGGCAAAACAGCUUUGGAUAUCCUAAAGGAGAGCCCUAAAGACCCAACCACCUAUUCCGACAUGCGAAGAAUCUUGAACAGCUUGUCCGAUCACUCGACGCUGCUGGGGAUCCUCCCCAAGAUGACCGACAUCACGAUGGUGGUGGUCGUCCUCAUCGCCACCAUGGCGUUUCAGGCCGCCGUCAGCCCCCCCGGCGGCGUGUGGCAGGACGACACGCCGUCGCACAGAGCCGGCCAGGCCGUGAUGGCGUCGACGCAUCCCAAGAUGUACAAGCACUUCGUCAACGCCAACACCACGGCUUUCGUCUCGUCUCUCGUCACCAUCAUGCUCAUCACCACGGGGCUGCCGCUUGAGCAGUUCUUCUUCCUGGCGGUGGCCACGACGGCGAUGUGGCUGUCGCUGACGUCGCUCGGGGUGGGCUAUGGGGCUUCGUUGAUCAUGACGACGCCUAAGGAAGAGCAGUCGCUUGGGUAUAUUGUGGCGGCGGUGGUGUCGGUGUUUCUCAGCUUCCUUCUGUUGCUUCUUCUCUACCUUUCCGUCAACGGCCUCCGCUCGUCGUGGCGGAGAAGAUCGGCCGACCGGUCGUUCUGAUUCUUAUGGGAUACAAGAUUUUUGAAUUCUCUAUUUUUUUUAAUGC